GGUUCUUGUAUUCAUUAAUUUACCGGUAGUUUUAAUUAUCAAAUAAUUAAAAAGAAAAGUAUUAAUUGUAUUUUUUAAUUAACAAUUUUUUAUCACUAAUAAAUAAAUGAUUUUAUUUAUUUAUUGAAAAAUGUGUAAAUUUUUGUGAAAAGUGAAAUUUUUUGAAUUCAAUUUAUUGUGAAUUUUAAUUAUUUUUAUAGACAAUUUAAAGAUGCGUUGUAGUCUAACGUUCGUUGAUGAUUUUCUCAACCGCGCAUUUUACAAAAUAGGUCUGUGGGUUGGCCAAAGACCUGGAUACUUUGUAAUAAUACCGAUAUUACUAGGUUGCAUAUGUAUAACUGGUUAUCAGCGUAUUAAUUAUGAAAUCGAUCCGGAAUAUCUGUUUUCACCAGUUAACGGGCCUGGUAAACACGAAAGAAGUAUCGCCGAAGAACAUUUUAAAGUUAAUUACAGCCAUCGGUUUAGCGUCGGCAGAAUUACAAGACCAGGCAGGUUCGGCCACGUGAUAGUAAUUCCUAAGGACGGUAGCAAAAAUAUGCUGAGAAAAGAAGUAUGGGAUGAUUUGGUUUUACUUGAUAGUAUUAUUAAAAAUGUAACUGCGCAUUAUGAAGGCGAGAGCUAUACGUACGAACGAGUGUGUGCUCGGUGGCUUGACAAAUGUUUCAAUAAUGAUAUUCUCAAUUUGGUUCACAUUAUUGAAAAAGUUGAGUCACAUGAAUUAAAUUUAACAUUUCCAGUAAUGUUUAAUCCAGUAACAUGGGACACACAUAUAUUUCCAGUAUAUUUUGGCGGAAGUAUUGUAAGCGAUGAUCUAGUGAUCGAAAGUGUACCAGCACUACAAUUAGGAUAUUUUCUUGCUGUCGAUAAUAAAAAACUAGAUGCCAUUGGCGCAGCAUGGGAAGAAGAAUUUCUAAACAAAGUCGGCGAAGCCGAAGACACCGGAGUAUUCCAGAGCAUAAGUGUCGCGCGUUUCGCCUCGCGAACCCUCGAAUUGGAACUCGAAGCGAACACUAAAACCGUGGUUCCAUAUUUCGCGAGUACAUUUGCAAUAAUGGGAGCAUUUUCUAUUGUGACCUGCAUGAUGACCGACUGGGUGAGAAGCAAACCCUGGCUCGGUCUUCUGGGGAACAUUUCCGCCGGGAUGGCGACCGUGUCUGCAUUCGGGCUCUGCAUGUACCUGGGGAUCGACUUCAUCGGCAUAAAUCUCGCUGCGCCCUUUCUCAUGAUCGGUAUAGGAAUAGAUGAUACUUUUGUGAUGCUGGCAGCCUGGAGAAGAACAAAUAUUCUAGAUCCAGUGCCGCAGAGAAUGGCGACGACCUUAAGCGAGGCCGCGGUAUCAAUAACGAUAACGUCAGUUACGGAUAUGAUAUCAUUUUUUAUUGGUAUUUUUUCACCGUUUCCUUCUGUUCAAAUAUUUUGCACUUACUCAGGAUUCGCAGUAGUUUUUACAUUUCUCUUUCACUUAACUUUCUUCAGUGGAUGUGUCGCCAUAAGUGGGUACUGCGAGCAAAAAAAUCGACACAGUGUAAUUUGUUGUAAAGUCAUGCCUCUUUCCAAGUCAACACAUCGAUCAUGGUUCUAUCGAGUCUUCUGCACAGGAGGCGUAGAUCCAACAGAUCCAGAUAAUCCAAUAGAUAAUCCCGAACACGGAUGCAUGACAUGGUUCCGUGAUUAUUUAGCAGUCGCUUUGAAUUGCCGGGCCAUUAAGGCCCUAGUUAUACUAUUAUUUGGUCUUUAUCUAGCCGGUGCUCUAUAUGGACUGACUAAUCUCAAAGAAGGCUUAGAACGGCGUAAACUUUCCAAAGAAGACUCUUAUUCAAUUGUAUUUUACGACCGCGAGGAUUUUUACUUCCGUGAAUUUCCUUAUCGAAUUCAAGUGAUAGUAUCCGGCAAUUACAACUACAGCGACCCAGAAAUCCAGUCCCAGAUGGAAAACUUGACCAGCACCUUGGAGGCGAAUCCCUACAUCAGCAGCCCUCUGUACUCCGAAAACUGGCUCCGAGACUACCUAUCCUACCUCGAAGAAAACAAAGACUUCCUAAACUUCACCGUAGACACCGAGGAAGGUUUCAUAAAAGCCCUGAAAGAAAACUGGCUCUACCCCACCAGCAGUUUCGCGCUGGACAUAAAAUUCGACGACGCCGGCGAGCGUAUUCUCGCAAGUCGUUUCCUCAUCCAGGCGGUCAACGUCAGCGGGACGAACCAAGAGAAAGAUAUGGUCAAAGCACUGCGUAAAAUAUGCGAGGAUUCUCCACUCAACGCCAGUGUCUUCCACCCGUACUUUGUAUUUUUCGACCAGUUUGAAUUAGUGAAGCCAACGAGUAUCCAGUGCAUGGUCUACGGCGCCCUGACGAUGAUGCUGAUAUCCUUCGUCUUCAUUCCCAACGUUCUCUGUUCCCUGUGGGUCGCCUUCUGCAUCGUCUCCAUAGAACUGGGGGUCGCCGGUUACAUGGCGCUCUGGGAUGUCAAUCUUGACAGCAUUUCGAUGAUCAACUUGAUAAUGUGCAUCGGAUUCAGCGUCGACUUCACCGCUCACAUCUGCUACGCCUACAUGAGCUCCAAGAAGACUCGUUCCGAAGACCGGGUCAAAGACUGUCUUUACAGUCUGGGUCUGCCCAUUGUCCAGGGCGCGGCCUCAACUAUUCUGGGCCUCGUGGCUCUGCUUCUCGCCGGCACUUACAUCUUCCUGGUCUUCUUCAAAAUGGUUUUCCUGGUGAUUUUCAUCGGAGCGAUGCACGGUUUGUUUUUGCUGCCAGUACUUCUGUCCAUUUUCGGGCCUGGUUCUUGCACCGACCACGACAAAGCCGAAGAUGACAAGAAAAAGAAAGAAAGCAAUGAAGGAAAACUUCCUCUGCCGUUCGUGAUUCCACACCCCAGUCUUCUGUACCAUCAGACCAAGAACUCGGAGCUCAAGCUCCCGGAAGAUCGGGACCCGGGUCUAGGGACCAGCGAGGACAGCAACUCGACGGAAAGCGACUCGUCCCAAAGGGCGAAGCAGGAAAAAAUAGAAGCGAAUGAAAAAAGAUGGAAGAGGUCCCUGGGGAUGCUCUACAGUCCGUCGCAGUUCCAAGUCAACGCUCCGAGACCCGACUACCCGGGAUGCGACGUGAGACUUUCUCUCGACAACCGGAAGGACAUCAGGACGGUGCCGUACCUGUAUUACAUCCCCCAGAGGUCAAGUGCCAGUUUGCACAUCAGCAGCGACCCGGAGAGACGCAGCCAGUCUUAUCACAACAUUAAUUACAGCUCGAGGCACGCGAAAGAGCCGAAAUAUUUUUAGGAAAUAAAAGACUGCUCUACUUUUUAAGCGCGUGUGAGUAGUUUUUUUUAAAUGUGUAAAUUAUUAUUGUUUUUUAUUUUAAUAAAUAUAUAAUAAGUUUUUGAAGUAUCGAUGGACUGGACUGGAGUUAGUAGAAUUUUUAUAUGAUUGACAUACGUAAGUGCAGAUUUAAGAGAAUAAAUAAUUACAUAUCUUUUGUUAUGCAUAACGUGAAGUAAUUUUUUUUAUAAAAAAAAUUUAUAUAUAUAUGUAUGUAUAAACAAUAUAUUUUUUAAGUGUUUAGAUAAAUGACAAUAUUAAAUAAUGUAUUUAUAUUUUGUGAGUGUAUUUUAUUGUCUAUUGCCAUUUUUAAAAAAAAAAUUUACGGAUGUGUGACAAAUAUGGGCCUAGCCGCUAUAAGCCUGGUCUAGGGGACAGGGUAAACCCGAUGGAAAAAACAAUAUAUGGUUAAAAUAUGUAAAAUCAUAUAUGUUUGCAAGAAAAAAAUAUAUGAUAUGUUAUAUUGUAUAUUAAAAAAAAUCAUAUAGAGAUUUUCGCCGAUUUAAUAUAAAAUUAUAU